AUGGACCAGAGUGAGUCUAUGGACCAGAGUGAGUCUGUGGACCAGAGUGAGUCUAUGGACCAGAGUGAGUCUAUGGACCAGAGUGAGUCUGUGGACCAGAGUGAGUCUGUGGACCAGAGUGAGUCUAUGGACCAGAGUGAGUCUAUGGACCAGAUCCAGACCGUGGGACUAUCCUCUCUUAUCUCAGUGACAGCUCAGUCCUGUCUGCCUGAAGGAUCUGAGACGGAGGUGAGACCGGGUCAGGGCUCUCCGUGA